AUGAGGAUCAAUAAAGAUUGCAAAAAAAAUUUGAAUGACGAAGAAUACUGGGUGGGAAUCACCAAAAAUAACAAACCAAGUCUACUUGGGUAUUUAAAUUAUCGAAUAACCAAGGUUGAAAUUCUUGACAAAGAACGCGAACUUUCACGAUACCGUCAAGAUUUUGAAUGUAUAAAACAUCACUACAAUGAUAAAAGUGGAUAUAACGCAAAUAUCACUAAACAUAUAAAAUAUAUUGAGGAUAAUUUUGAGGCCGAAUUAGAUUCACCAGAAGUAAAUAUUUUCUGGACAGUCAAUGAUCAAGAAACCGCCUCCUUUUCCGUUAACAAUGAUCAAUCUUCCCCUAAUAAUGAUCAAUAUGAUGACGGUGAAGAUUUUGACAAUAAUGCAGUCGAACCAAAUGACUUAGAGUCUGAGAGAGUAUCAAUUAUUUUAAAUUCAUCUUUACAAAGCAUGUCAAGUGAAAUCAAUUUUACAGAAGUACGCCACAAGAUUGAUGAAUAUAGAAACACUAUUCCGCGAUCAAAACAAUUAUAUAAUCCGUUGUGGUAUUAUAUUAUUGAUCAUUCUGGACAGCAUACUCCAACAAACAAUUUAUUUGAUAUGAAUGCUCUAAAUGAAAGCAUUCGCGAUAAGGAUCCAAAUAUAAGAAUUAUGACCACUUCAAAUGAUUAUGAAAAUGAUUUGAAAGAACUCUUCAUACGUGUGCAAAGAUACUUAAGGCAACCAAGCCGGAACCUUUCAGAGAUGAUGCAUAUGUAUCGGAAUAUCUUACCAUACUUCGAUGCCAUUUUUAACGACUAUGAGAAAUUUACUUUAGAUUGCGGCGAGAAAUCUUUGAAAAGUUCUAGCGAACGGCGAAAUAGGAACUCCGAUCCACAAUCACAGUCACGAAUUGGUCAAAAAUGUGAUCUAAUUGUAACUGCAAAUCGUAUCAGUUGGAAGCCUGAACUAUUAAUUGGUGAAGUGUCAGGAGGUGUUCUUCCCGGAUGUUCGAGAUGCAAGUCUUGGAAAGAUAAAAUCAAGUUAGCAUGGGGGCUAAGGGACUCCUUAAUCAGGAGUGAAAAUGAAUUAGAAAUAGAUGUAGAUAGUUUAGUAGUUUGGGGAGUGCAAAUCGUCGGUUAUAAAUUGAAAGUUUAUACGAUGAUCCGCUUUAAAGGUCUCUUCCACCUAAUUUUACUUAAUGAAUGCUGGUUACCAGUAUCUAUACACGAAAUUUAUAAUAUCGAAACUAUCCUAAACGUGUUGGAAACAAUGCACGAUAAGAUUAAGGCUAUGGAGCUAAAUAUUUUAAAUUUGAUCAAGAAAAAAAACUUGCAGAAUCAGAGAAAGAGAGAAUCUGCCAGUAACAAACAAAAUCUGGAAAACGACCCUCCGGUUAUUCAUACACCUACUAGUAAAAGGGUUAAGACGUAUCAUUAG